AUGAAUAAAUGGGAUUUGUUAAAUGAGAUUAGGGUUGAAUUGUAUCUGGAAAAUAACAGAAAGCAAGGCUUCUGUGAAAAAUUUAAUGAAUUGAAAUUACUAGCAAUUAAAAGUGAUGAUGCGACAUUUAUUUCGUCUGUUUUAGAUAUUAAUGAACACUUAUUAGAUAUCUCGAAGUCUGAAAAGCUUCUUUGGAAAUCUUCCAAAAUUAAAGGUCAGUUGUAUCCUCCCAUUAAUAUCGAUCAAUCCGGAACUUUAACUUGGGGAAAUGAUUUAAUUUGUAAAUUAACAAGCCAAAAUAUGAUCAAUGAAUUUAAGCAUUUGAAACCAGUGACUGAUAGUGACUCAAGUAAUAUAAUAGAACAAUCACCCGACAUUGAAGAUUGUUCGUUAGUGUGUUCUCUGAUAAAUAUAACAAGAAAAAAUGGUAAUAUACUAAGAGUUAAAUUAAUCUCUAAAAAUGUUUUCCAGACAAAUUUUGUCUUCAACGGCUCAAAUUCAAGAUUAGUAACCGUUGAUUUGAAUAAUAUACCAACAAAUAUUAAUGGAAUACAGCUUACUCUUCAUUCUGAUAAUUUAGUCUUAAAAGUUAUUGAACAGGCAUACUUAUUAACUUUUAUGGGUUCUUAUGCAUCACUUGGAUCAAACACCGCUGUUGACACAUACCGAAUAACAGGAUUUUUUCCAGAGAUUGCAAAUACACAAAAGUAUGACAUAAACACUUUGAUUAAAUAUUUUGAAUCUAAAGUAUGUCUACUUGCUAUUGGAACAGGUAAUUUACAAAAAAAUUCCACUUCUGGUUUAAUUCCAAGUCAUGAUUAUCCAGUAAUUGGCGUUGAUAAACAAAAAAGGAUACUGAUUAUUAGAGAUCCGCUAACUUCAGAAUUAAUCUUUGAAGUAAAUGAGACUGAUUUGGUCAAUUUAUUUAGUCAACUAUACAUUAAUUGGGAUGUCGAUUUAUUAUUCAAAAAUAAAGAAAGCAUAACAUUCUCGUAUUCUGAUAAAAUCUGUAACACUUACAAAACUAUCGUGGAUAAACCUAUUUUUGAAUUACAAAACAACGCAAAUACUACUGAGAAUAUCUGGCUUCUCCUCGAAAAACAUAUCGACCUUCAUAAUACUGCUGAUAGAGAUAUUGCAUAUAUUCAAGAGCUUCCAGAUAACAUAACUAAUUACAUUGUGGAAAAUCCGGAUGGUAUUCCUGAUUUGGGUUUACAACUAGUAAAGGUAAAAUUGUUACCAAAAGAAACUAAAAUGUAUUAUUGUCAUUCAAAACUUUCUAGCAUAUUCACCCUACAUUCAUUGUGUAUUUCAAAGAAUAUAAUAAUAAGACAACUAUCUGAAUGCCCAUUCAGCAAGAAAAUAACUUUCCGAAUGAGUGACUCCAUUAAAUAUUUCAAGAAUGAUUACAAAACAACGUGCCUUAAAAUGAAAUUGAGCUAUGAAGCUGAUAUCAAUAUGAUUUUAAAUUUGCAAAUACUCUCCGAGUGUAGCAAUAAUUCUCUUAGGUUUGAAGUCUUCCGUUCAGAUGACUUCGAACUAAAAUUUCCAGUAUAUACUAAUCCGGAGUUCAAAUUUCAAAAUAACAGCUACGAAGGAUUGAUUUUAAGUACAAACAGGACUUAUUUGAUAUAUUUAUAUUCUCAUGAUAUGUCUUUGAAAUCUAAUUAUGAAUGCAUUGUCCUUUUUGAGAACAAAAUCGAAAGAGAAACUGAACUUCAAAUUGAUAUUAGACCCCAUUUUCCUGAAUUCAAUGGGAUGCCAUUCCAAUAUACUUUAAAUGAAAGUUGGUAUUCAAAUUCAGAUAGAAAAAAAAUUUCAAUUGCUACGACUCUAAAUACAAAAGGGUUUAUAAGAAUAGUACCUGAAUUUGAACAUCAGUUUAUAAAAUUUAGAUGUAAUAUUUUUGAUGCAACAACUCGUGAAUUUUUACACAGCGAGGAAACUUUUCGUCAAUGUAGUAAAGCAGGAUUGGUUAUAUCUGACAUUACCAUUCCAGGAGAUGCUAAUGCAAUAAUAUUGAUAGAAAAACUGAACACUCAACAGGAAGCAAAGGUAUGUAAUGAACGACAAGAGUUUACCUUAUUGAUAGGUUCAGACAGAAAAAUCAUAUUUCACGAAAUCGUAAAAUGA